AUGGCCGAACGUGUCGAGCGGCAGUUGAUGUCAUCGACGUCGCCCACGUCGGCAGACGUCGAAAAGAUCAAUACAGGCCACAGCCUUGCAUCCAACGAAGAACCAGUUCCGGCCUUGGAACCUCCAGUGCACAAGCGCGGCAGCGACAGUCCCGAUACACAGGUCGAAGACGGCAUUCGCUUUGUCUACCUCGACUUCGACACUCACAUCCCGCUCGACGAGUUCGACACACUGGAGUCUUCGAUACCGCCACCCAUCCUCAAGAAGUACGAGUCACCGCUCACUUGGUCGUCGAAGCAUAAGACCAUCAUCCUGAUACUGUGCUGUUGGUGUACUUUUACUGCCGCCUACAGUGCUGGCUCUUAUUCGAUAGCGGCGAACCCCCAACGAGCGAAAUGGCAUCUCGGGGAAGUCGCCUUCAACACCGGCGUCACUACCUGGGCGACGGGCUUCGCAAUAUCGCCUAUGGUUCUCGCCCCAUUUUCCGAAAUCAAUGGUCGGCGGCCAGUCUUUAUCGGCUCGGCGAUCCUCUUCCUCGUCGGUCAGAUUGCCUGUGCCACCACACCGACCUUUGGCGGAAUGCUCGCUGCGCGGUUCCUUGUUGGGGCAGGAGCCAGCACGUUCGCGACCAUGGUGGGAGGGGUCGUUUCCGACAUGUAUAAUGCCGAGGACCGCAAUACACCGAUGGCACUGUACAGUGGUUCCGCCUUGGCCGGCACGGGGAUAGGACCCCUAUUGUCUGGCUUCAUCAUCGGACGUGCCAAUUUCCGUUGGGUCUACUAUCACCAGAUCAUCUCCUUGAGCGUCAUGCUGGUCGUGGUAUACUUCUUCUUCAAGGAAACCAGAGGAUCGGUCCUGCUAAGCCGCAGAGCCAAGGUGUUGAACGAAUACCUAGAAAAGCUCGAGAACAGUACCCCGAAGUCUGAAAAUGCUGCAGUCCGCCUCCGCUACAAAGUCGCCGCAGACGAAAGCCGCUCCUCACUAGCACGCAUGCUCUACCUCUCCCUCACAAUCCCCUUCAAACUCCUCACCACCGAACCGGUCGUGUUCUUCUUCUCCCUCUGGGUCGCCUUUGCCUGGGCGCUUCUGUACAUGACAUUCUCAGUGAUCCCUUUGGUGUUUAUGACGAGGCACAACUUCAACGUCGAGCAAUGCGGCGCCGUCUUUUCCGCAAUAGCAAUCGGAUCCAUACUGGCGACCUUGCUCUCCAUCUACCAAGAAAAGCUGGCGAAGAAACGCUGGCCGAAACUCAACAGCUCGCCAGAGGGGAGGUUGUAUUUCCCGUGCCUCGAAGGCGCGUUGCUCCCUAUUGGCCUCUUCUGGUUCGGCUGGACAACGUACUCGUCCAUCCCAUGGAUCUCGCCCGUUCUCGCGAUCGGCUGUGCCCAAAUGGGCAUCUUUGUCAUCUACCUGGCUGUGUUCAACUACCUGGCCGACGUGUACCAUCGGUACGCUUCCUCAGCGCUAGCAGCACAGUCGUUUCUGCGAAACAUCUUCGCGGCGGUAUUCCCUCUGUUUACGAACCAGAUGUUUACGAACUUGGAUUACGCGCCCGCGAGUAGUCUGCUGGGCGGGAUUGCCGCUUUGCUCACAAUUGUUCCAUGGGUGCUGCUUUUCAAGGGCGAGCAGAUUAGGGCCAGGAGUAAGAUUGCGAGGCAGAUCAUGGGGGACAAUGCGAGUUAA